UCAAGAUGAAUAUAUUAACAAUCUGAGUGAUAUUUUUUAGAACUUGCAAAAUGAAGAACGAGUGGCUACAAAGAUUGCUUCAAACGUUUUUGUUUAUUUUCAUUUUAAAAGGAUUUUCUUUAUCUAAAAAAUGUAACUUUCCUGUUGACAUUGUUUUUGUUUUGGAUGGUUCAGAAAGGAUUUCUUCAGAGUUUAGUAAUCAAAUAGGUUAUGUAAUAAGUAUUAUUGAAGCUGCUGGUGGAAUAUCAAAAACAGGCUUACAUGCUAGCGUUGUGAUUGUAGAAGCAAAUCCAAAAAUUCAAAUUCCACUCAAUGCCCAUGAUAAUACUUUAUCAUUUGAAAAUAAUCUGUAUAAGCUAGAACAUACCUAUGAAUCAAGUCGAAUUGAUGCUUCACUUCUUGAAGCAGAGAACUCAUUUAUUACAGGAUCAAGGAAAGGAGCAUUACCUGUGUUAAUUCUGUUGACUGAUGGUCAUCAUCAUGAUAGUUAUACUUAUCCAACAACUGUUAUGAAAAGACUUAUGUUGAAAGGUAUUAUACCUUACAUUGUUGUUGUUGGUACAGAUUUUAACAUGAAUAACUUAGAAAACUUGAUUGGUAAAGAUUCUAACGAUUUACAGAAUAAAGAAGUACAACAUAUAUUUCAACCACACGAACAAAUUUCUUUUAAUGCAGAUAUUUCACAUAGUAUUUGCAAUAGUUUUAUAUGGAAAAUGGGCGAAAAGCUAUCUAAGUUUAAGAUUGGGUUUGUGGUUGAUCGAACUGCUGGUUUUAAAGAUAGUGAAAAAUAUCUGGAAAACCAAGUUAAUUUUGUAAAAUAUAUUUAUACUAAGUUUGCUUUUGAAAAGCAGGAUUUGUUUUCAUAUGGUUUCUAUGAUGGUAAUUCGAGGUUCAAUAAAUAUUUUAGUGAAUUUCAAAAAAAUAGCUUUUUACAAAUACAUCAUGAUAACUUUAAAGAACUGCUUGGCUCAGUGCAUAAAUCAUUUUUGGGUCAAACAAAUGAUGAUCUCAAAAAAAUCUUGGUAAUUUUUUGGGGGUCUUUGGAUAAGGAAACCGUUAAGGACGAACUUGAUGCUUUUAAAUCUGCUGGUAUUGUUGUUUUUAUAAUUACAACAUUAGAUGGUCCAUCAAAAGAAGCAAUGAUUUUUAAUGGGGGAAAACUUUUCAAUCAAGUUAAUGAUGCUAACACUAGAAUGGAAGUUGUUGGAAAGAUAUACGAUGGCAUUCUUGCAAGAACAAACUUGUUUGAUACAAAUGAAUGUAAAUCAGUUAUUGAUCUGAUGUUUCUUGUUGAUACAUCUGGAAGUAUGUCAAAGCAUUAUAUAGAUUUAUUAAAAGUUUUAAAAAGAAUUGUAGCAGAGUUUCAAAUUAGCCAACAUGGAAGUCAUGCAGCUGUUUUAUCAUUUAAUAGCUAUGGAUCCAGUGUUAUUAACUUUAAUAAGUAUUUCGAUAAUGGAAUGUUCAAUCAAGCAUUAGAUGAGAUUCCUGGACCAAAAGGUCUGAUAGACAUGAAUGCUGCACUUACUGAAGUUCUUAAUAAACUAAUCAAGUCAAAUGAAUCACGAAGCUUAGUGGCUAAAGUCUUAUUUAUUUUUACAGAUGGUUUUCAAGUUGGAGGUAGUUUUGAAAAAAUUGUUGAUCAGAUAUCUAAUUUAGGAGUUAAGAUAUUUGUCAUUGCGUAUGAUGGUGAUAUAAAUUAUGCUACUAUUAAUAAGCUUCUCCGUGAACCUAAUAAUUUUUUUCAAAUUUCAAAAGAUACAGAAUUUUUAACAGAAUCAAUUGCAGAAAAAGCAUGCAAUCAAGCAGCUUUAUAUUCUGAUGGCUUUUCAAAGGCUUUUGAUAUAUUUUUUAUUUUUGAUGGUUCACUUGGAACAGUACAAAAAGAUUUAGCCAUUAUGUUUGUGAAGUUAUUCAAAAGUGAAGUCAAGUUUGGUGCAAUGGUAUCACAAAAUAGUUCUUAUGUACCUUUUACAUUUGCUGAUACAUUUACAAAUAAAGAAUAUAUUAAUGCAAUAAAUGACAUUGAAUUGAGAGCUGGGAAUAGUGAUUUGUUGUUAGCUAUGAGAGAAUCAAGACUUAACUUUUUUAGGAAAGGAUUUGGGGCAAGAGCAGAUGUACCAAAAGUACUUAUUAUUUUUACAAAUACAAUAAUGGAUAAUGAUCAAGAUAUAACAAGUGAAACUAUCGAAUUUAAAAAAGUUGAUAUUUCUAUAUUAGUUUUAGGCCUUGGUCAAAACUUAGAUUAUAAGAAAAUGCGUUUGUUAGGUGCAGAUAAUGUUUUUAUUUUGUCUGAUACUGAUGAAAAAUCAAAAGAGAAUUUAGUUGAAAAUCUUUCAAAAAAAGUUAUGUAUGCUCCUUUAUCAACAAUUUUGUCCAAAACUUUAUAUGAUACACAAUGGAUUGAUGUGUUCGGAGAAUUCAAAGAAAAUUAUGACAAAAGUUUUUCUGCUGUUAUUCCAGAUGUUCUUGAAUCUGUGUGGCACUUUGGACCUGCUCGAAUUUGGAAAAGACCUAUUCAUCGGUCUAAAUAUGUGAUCGAAUCUAAAAUUCAACCAACUGGAGAAUUAGGAUUUGGUUCUUGUGGUCAUAUUUUUAAGUACAAACUAGACAGUACUAGUAGCAUUAAAUCAGUAUCGAAAUCAUGGGGUUACUUUUUAUGGGUGAAUCAGUUCUUGUAUAUAAGCUCUGAUGGCUCCGAGACAAGUCCAAGGUUGUUGUACAGCUAUAAAAAUGCAGAAUGGUUACAUUUGAGAACAGUUGUGGAUAACUCAAAAGUUAAAAUAUAUAUAAAUGAUGUUUUUAUUAAAGAAAUUAUCAUGACUGGAGAAGGACAUGAUUCUCAGAUAAACAAUUAUGUUGGUUUGUGGUGCCAUAGAAUGACAAACACUGUUGUUAAAGAUUUUGUUGUUUCAAAUUUGGUUGAUCAAUGUUCAAUUCAAAAUGGUGGAUGUGACCACAUUUGUAACUCCUCACCAUAUGAGUAUUUAUGCAGCUGCAAAGUUGGAUAUCGUUUAAAUAUUGAUGAAAGAUCAUGUGUGAAUAAUGUAAAUGAAAGUUAUUCUUCAAUCACAACAGUUUCAAAUAUUUUGCAAAAUCAAACAGUCAAAUCAGACACUUUACAAACAACCCCUUAUUCUCUAACUUCUGAGUCUAUUACUAGAGAUUCAAAUCUUUUAUCAGGUGAUUCUGAUUUACCUUUGAUUAACAGCCAUAACUCAUUUACAUCUGUUGUUACAACUUCAUCAGAUUUUACAUUAAAUAAAGAAGUUUUAGACUUCACUGAUUCUGUAUCUUCUAAAAUCUUUAAUGUUGGUUUUCUAUUUGAUGAUUCAUCAAAUGAAAAUGAUCAGAUUCAAAAAGAUUUGUGCAAAGAGAUUAUUGCUAAACUUUCAACAAAUUUUUAUCGUUAUGGAAUAAUGAUAUCGUCCACUAUAAUGUCAGUGCCAUUAAAUAUUUCAGAUUCACAAAAUAGUCAAACACUCAGUGAAUUAAUUGAUAAUUUAAAUCUUCCAGAAACUGAAAGUCAAGUUGACCAAACAAUGAAAUUAGCUUCUCUAUUAUUUCCUUCAAAAGGUAUUUCAAAUACUUUAAUUGUUUUUAUGGAUGAUAAACAACAAAAUGAAAAAGAAGGAGUAAUUAAAGAAUCUCAAACAUUAAAUGCUAUGGCUAUUGAGGUUGUCAUUAUUGGCAUUGAAGCUGUCCCUGAUAAAGAUUCAUUACAUAUAAAAAUAUCAACUGAGGAAGUUGUUACCAAAUUAGCUAUGAAAGUUAAUGCAAGUUCUCAGGUAUCUGCUACUUCAAUAGUUAAUCCCACUUUUGCAAUUAUCACUGUUAAACCAAAUUUAUCAUUAGACAACAUUACAACUGCUGACUUAACUAUAGAAAAAUCCACAAAAGCACCUAUACAUUCAGAUAGUAAUAGUUUAUUAAGCAGUAAAUUGCUUUUAACUCAUAGUACAGAAAAUAAAAUAAAUAUUCUUAGUUCAAUGCCUGCUUUCAAUGGUAAAUCUUCAACUAUGAACCCUACCACAAAUAUUGUUGAUGUUACUAAUCUAGAGCCAAUUAUCAGUGAUUCCACCGAUGCCUCUGUAGUUUCUGAAAAUAACAAAAUAAUAAGCAGCCAAUUGGAUACUACACAAGCUACAGAAGGUGAAACAGAUAUUCAUAGUUCAAUCGUCUCAGGAAAAGAAGAUAUUGCUGAAACUACUCUAUUGCCUGAUUUAACUAGUGAAUCUUCAACUUUUAACCCUACCACAAAUAUUGUUGAUGUAACUAAUGCAGAGCCAGUUAUCAGUAAAUCUACUGAUGCCUCAUUAAAACCUGGUAGUAACAGUUUAUCAGGCAGUCAAUUGCAUACUACACAAGGUACAGUAGAUAAAACAGAUAUUUAUAUUUCAAGUAUCUCAGAAAAAGAUAAUAUUGCUGAAACUACUUUGUUACCUGAUUUCACUGGUGAAUAUUUAUCUUUGAACCCUACAACAAAUAUUGUUGAAGUUACCAAUACAAAGCCAAUUAUCAGUGAUUCCACUGUUGCAUCUAUAGUUACUGAAAGUAACAAAAUAAUAAGCAGUCAAUUGGAUACUACACAAGCCACAGAAGGUGAAACAGAUAUUCAUAGUUCAAUCAUCUCAGUAAAAAAAGAUAUUGCUAAAACUACUCUAUUGCCUGAUUUAACAAGUGAAUCUUCAAAUUUUAACCCUACCUCUAAUAUUGUUGAUGUAACUAAGGCAGAGCCAAUUAUCAGUGAUUCUACUGAUGCCUCAUUAAAGCCUGAUAGUGACAGUUUAUCAGGCAGUCAAUUGCAUACUACACAAGGUACAGAAGAUAAAACAGAUAUUUAUAUUUCAAGUAUCUCAGAAAAAGAUAAUAUUGCUGAAACAACUUUGUUGCCUGAUUUCACUGGUGAAUCUUUAUCUUUAAACCCUACAACAAAUAUUGUUGAAGGUACUGAUGCAGAGCCAAUUAUCAGUGAUUCCACUGUUGCAUCUGUAGUUUCUGAUAGUAACAAAAUAAUAAGCAGUCAAUUGGAUACUACACAAGCUACAGAAGGUGAAACAGAUAUUCAUAGUUUAAUCAUCUCAGAAAAAGAAGGUAUUGCUAAAACUACCCUAUUUACUGAUUUAACUAGUGAAUCUUCAACUUUAAACCCUACCACAAAUUUAGUUGAUGUAACUAAGACAGAGCCAAUUGUCAGUGAUUCUACUGAUGCCUCAUUAAAGCCUGGUAGUGACAGUUUAUCAGGCAGUCAAUUGCAUUCUACACAAGGUACAGAAGGUAUAACAGAUAUUUAUAUUUCCAUUAUCUCAGAAAAAAAUAAUAUUGCUGAAACUACUUUGUUGCCUGAUUUCACUAGUAAGUCUUUAUUAUUAAACCCUACAACAACUAUUGUUGAAGUUUCCAAUACAAAGUUAAUGAUCAGUGAUUCCACUGUUGCAUCUGAAGUUUCUGAUAGUAACAUAAUAAUAAGCAGUCAAUUGGAUACUACACAAGCUACAGAAGGUGAAACAGAUAUUCAUAGUUCAAUCAUCUCAGGAAAAAAAAAUAUUGCUGAAACUACUCUAUUGCCUGAUUUAACAAGUGAAUCUUCAAAUUUAAACCCUACCACUAAUAUUGUUAAUGUAACUAAGGCAGAGCCAAUUAUCAGUGAUUCUACUGAUGCCUCAUUAAAGCCUGAUAGUGACAGUUUAUCAGGCAGUCAAUUGCAUACUACACAAGGUACAGAAGAUAAAACAGAUAUUUAUAUUUCAAGUAUCUCAGAAAAAGAUAAUAUUGCUGAAACAACUUUGUUGCCUGAUUUCACUGGUGAAUCUUUAUCUUUAAACCCUACAACAAAUAUUGUUGAAGGUACUGAUGCAGAGCCAAUUAUCAGUGAUUCCACUGUUGCAUCUGUAGUUUCUGAUAGUAACAAAAUAAUAAGCAGUCAAUUGGAUACUACACAAGCUACAGAAGGUGAAACAGAUAUUCAUAGUUUAAUCAUCUCAGAAAAAGAAGGUAUUGCUAAAACUACCCUAUUUACUGAUUUAACUAGUGAAUCUUCAACUUUAAACCCUACCACAAAUUUAGUUGAUGUAACUAAGACAGAGCCAAUUGUCCGUGAUUCUACUGAUGCCUCAUUAAAGCCUGGUAGUGACAGUUUAUCAGGCAGUCAAUUGCAUUCUACACAAGGUACAGAAGGUAUAACAGAUAUUUAUAUUUCCAUUAUCUCAGAAAAAAAUAAUAUUGCUGAAACUACUUUGUUGCCUGAUUUCACUAGUAAGUCUUUAUUAUUAAACCCUACAACAACUAUUGUUGAAGUUUCCAAUACAAAGUUAAUGAUCAGUGAUUCCACUGUUGCAUCUGAAGUUUCUGAUAGUAACAUAAUAAUAAGCAGUCAAUUGGAUACUACACAAGCUACAGAAGGUGAAACAGAUAUUCAUAGUUCAAUCAUCUCAGGAAAAAAAAAUAUUGCUGAAACUACUCUAUUGCCUGAUUUAACAAGUGAAUCUUCAAAUUUAAACCCUACCACUAAUAUUGUUGAUGUAACUAAGGCAGAGCCAUUUAUCAGUGAUUCUACUGAUGCCUCAUUAAAGCCUGAUAGUGACAGUUUAUCAGGCAGUCAUUUGCAUACUACACAAGGUACAGAAGAUAAAACAGAUAUUUAUAUUUCAAGUAUCUCAGAAAAAGAUAGUAUUGCUGAAACAACUUUAUUGCCUAAUUUCACUGGUGAAUCUUUAUCUUUAAACCCUACAACAAAUAUUGUUGAAGGCACUGAUGCAGAGCCAAUUAUCAGUGAUUCCACUGUUGCAUCUGUAGUUUCUGAUAGUAACAAAAUAAUAAGCAUUCAAUUGGAUACUACACAAGCUACAGAAGGUGAAACAGAUAUUCAUAGUUCAAUCAUCUCAGAAAAAGAAGGUAUUGCUAAAACUACUCUAUUGCCUGAUUUAACUAGUGAAUCUUCAGUUUUAAACCCUACCACAAAUUUAGUUGAUGUAACUAAGACAGAGCCAAUUAUCAGUGAUUCUACUGAUGCCUCAUUAAAGCCUGGUAGUGACAGUUUAUCAGGCAGUCAAUUGCAUUCUACACAAGGUACAGAAGAUAAAACAGAUAUUUAUAAUUCCAUUAUCUCAGAAAAAGAUAAUAUUGCUGAAACUACUUUGUUGCCUGAUUUCACUGGUGAGUCUUUAUCAUUAAACCCUACAACAACUAUUGUUGAAGUUUCCAAUACAAAGUUAAUGAUCAGUGAUUCCACUGUUGCAUCUGUAGUUUCUGAUAGUAACAAAAUAAUAAGCAGUCAAUUGGAUACUACACAAGCUACAGAAGGUAAAACAGAUAUUCAUAGUUCAAUCAUCUCAGGAAAAAAAGAUAUUGCUGAAACUACUCUAUUGCCUGAUUUAACAAGUGAAUCUUCAAAUUUAAACCCUACCACUAAUAUUGUUGAUGUAACUAAGGCAGAGCCAAUUAUCAGUGAUUCUACUGAUGCUUCAUUAAAGCCUGAUAGUGACAGUUUAUCAGGCAGUCAUUUGCAUACUACACAAGGUAAAGAAGAUAAAACAGAUAUUUAUAUUUCAAGUAUCUCAGAAAAAGAUAAUAUUGCUGAAACAACUUUGUUGCCUGAUUUCACUGAUGAAUCUUUAUCUUUAAACCCUACAACAAAUAUUGUUGAAGGUACUGAUGCAGAGCCAAUUAUCAGUAAUUCCACUGUUGCAUCUGUAGUUUCUGAUAGUAACAAAAUAAUAAGCAUUCAAUUGGAUACUACACAAGUUACAGAAGGUGAAACAGAUAUUCAUAGUUCAAUCAUCUCAGAAAAAGAAGGUAUUGCUAAAACUACUCUAUUGCCUAAUUUAACAAGUAUAUCUUCAACUUUAAACCCUACCACUAAUAUUGUUGAUGUAACUAAGGCAGAGCCAAUUAUCAGUGAUUCUACUGAUGCCUCAUUAAAGCCUGAUAGUGACAGUUUAUCAGGCAGUCAAUUGCAUUCUACACAAGGUACAGAAGAUAAAACAGAUAUUUAUAUUUCCAUUAUCUCAGAAAAAGAUAAUAUCGCUGAAACUACUUUGUUACCUGAUUUCACUGGUGAAUCGUUAUCUUUGAACUCUAAAACAACUAUUGUUGAAGUUACCAAUACAAAGCCAAUUAUCAGUGAUUCCACUGUUGCAUCUGUAGUUACUGAAAGUAACAAAAUAAUAAGCAGUCAAUUGGAUACUACACAAGCUACAGAAGGUGAAACAGAUAUUCAUAGUUUAAUCAUCUCAGGAAAAAAAGAUAUUGCUGAAACUACUCUAUUGCCUGAUUUAACAAGUGUAUCUUCAAAUUUAAACCCUACCACUAAUAUUGUUGAUGUAACUAAGGCAGAGCCAAUUAUCAGUGAUUCUACUGAUGCUUCAUUAAAGCCUGAUAGUGACAGUUUAUCAGGCAGUCAUUUGCAUACUACACAAGGUAAAGAAGAUAAAACAGAUAUUUAUAUUUCAAGUAUCUCAGAAAAAGAUAAUAUUGCUGAAACAACUUUGUUGCCUGAUUUCACUGAUGAAUCUUUAUCUUUAAACUCUACAACAAAUAUUGUUGAAGGUACUGAUGCAGAGCCAAUUAUCAGUAAUUCCACUGUUGCAUCUGUAGUUUCUGAUAGUAACAAAAUAAUAAGCAUUCAAUUGGAUACUACACAAGUUACAGAAGGUGAAACAGAUAUUCAUAGUUCAAUCAUCUCAGAAAAAGAAGGUAUUGCUAAAACUACUCUAUUGCCUAAUUUAACAAGUAAAUCUUCAACUUUAAACCCUACCACUAAUAUUGUUGAUGUAACUAAGGCAGAGCCAAUUAUCAGUGAUUCUACUGAUGCCUCAUUAAAGCCUGAUAGUGACAGUUUAUCAGGCAGUCAAUUGCAUUCUACACAAGGUACAGAAGAUAAAACAGAUAUUUAUAUUUCCAUUAUCUCAAAAAAAGAUAAUAUCGCUGAAACUACUUUGUUACCUGAUUUCACUGGUGAAUCGUUAUCUUUGAACUCUAAAACAACUAUUGUUGAAGUUACCAAUACAAAGCCAAUUAUCAGUGAUUCCACUGUUGCAUCUGUAGUUUCUGAUAGUAACAAAAUAAUAAGCAUUCAAUUGGAUACUACACAAGCUACAGAAGGUGAAACAGAUAUUCAUAGUUCAAUCAUCUCAGAAAAAGAAGGUAUUGCUAAAACUACUCUAUUGCCUAAUUUAACUAGUGAAUCUUCAGUUUUAAACCCUACCACAAAUUUAGUUGAUGUAACUAAGACAGAGUUAAUUAUCAGUGAUUCUACUGAUGCCUCAUUAAAGCCUGGUAGUGACAGUUUAUCAGGCAGUCAGUUGCAUUCUACACAAGGUACAGAAGAUAAAACAGAUAUUCAUAUUUCCAUUAUCUCAGAAAAAGAUAAUAUCGCUGAAACUACUUUGUUACCUGAUUUCACUGGUGAAUCGUUAUCUUUGAACUCUAAAACAACUAUUGUUGAAGUUACCAAUACAAAGCCAAUUAUCAGUGAUUCCACUGUUGCAUCUGUAGUUACUGAAAGUAACAAAAUAAUAAGCAGUCAAUUGGAUACUACACAAGCCACAGAAGGUGAAACAGAUAUUCAUAGUUCAAUCAUCUCAGGAAAAAAAGAUAUUGCUGAAACUACUCUAUUGCCUGAUUUAACAAGUGAAUCUUCAAAUUUAAACCCUACCACUAAUAUUGUUGAUGUAACUAAGGCAGAGCCAAUUAUCAGUGAUUCUACUGAUGCCUCAUUAAAGCCUGAUAGUGACAGUUUAUCAGGCAGUCAAUUGCAUACUACACAAGGUACAGAAGAUAAAACAGAUAUUUAUAUUUCAAGUAUCUCAGAAAAAGAUAAUAUUGCUGAAACAACUUUGUUGCCUGAUUUCACUGGUGAAUCUUUAUCUUUAAACCCUACAACAAAUAUUGUUGAAGGUACUGAUGCAGAGCCAAUUAUCAGUGAUUCCACUGUUGCAUCUGUAGUUUCUGAUAGUAACAAAAUAAUAAGCAGUCAAUUGGAUACUACACAAGCUACAGAAGGUGAAACAAAUAUUCAUAGUUCAAUCAUCUCAGAAAAAGAAAGUAUUGCUAAAACUACUUUAUUGCCUGAUUUAACUAGUGAAUCUUCAGUUUUAAACCCUACCACAAAUUUAGUUGAUGUAACUAAGACAGAGCCAAUUAUCAGUGAUUCUACUGAUGCCUCAUUAAAGCCUGGUAGUGACAGUUUAUCAGGCAGUCAGUUGCAUUCUACACAAGGUACAGAAGAUAAAACAGAUAUUCAUAUUUCCAUUAUCUCAGAAAAAGAUAAUAUCGCUGAAACUACUUUGUUACCUGAUUUCACUGGUAAAUCGUUAUCUUUGAACUCUAAAACAACUAUUGUUGAAGUUACCAAUACAAAGCCAAUUAUCAGUGAUUCCACUGUUGCAUCUGUAGUUACUGAAAGUAACAAAAUAAUAAGCAGUCAAUUGGAUACUACACAAGCCACAGAAGGUGAAACAGAUAUUCAUAGUUCAAUCAUCUCAGGAAAAAAAGAUAUUGCUGAAACUACUCUAUUGCCUGAUUUAACAAGUGAAUCUUCAAAUUUAAACCCUACCACUAAUAUUGUUGAUGUAACUAAGGCAGAGCCAAUUAUCAGUGAUUCUACUGAUGCCUCAUUAAAGCCUGAUAGUGACAGUUUAUCAGGCAGUCAAUUGCAUACUACACAAGGUACAGAAGAUAAAACAGAUAUUUAUAUUUCAAGUAUCUCAGAAAAAGAUAAUAUUGCUGAAACAACUUUGUUGCCUGAUUUCACUGGUGAAUCUUUAUCUUUAAACCCUACAACAAAUAUUGUUGAAGGUACUGAUGCAGAGCCAAUUAUCAGUGAUUCCACUGUUGCAUCUGUAGUUUCUGAUAGUAACAAAAUAAUAAGCAGUCAAUUGGAUACUACACAAGCUACAGAAGGUGAAACAAAUAUUCAUAGUUCAAUCAUCUCAGAAAAAGAAAGUAUUGCUAAAACUACUUUAUUGCCUGAUUUAACUAGUGAAUCUUCAGUUUUAAACCCUACCACAAAUUUAGUUGAUGUAACUAAGACAGAGCCAAUUAUCAGUGAUUCUACUGAUGCCUCAUUAAAGCCUGGUAGUGACAGUUUAUCAGGCAGUCAGUUGCAUUCUACACAAGGUACAGAAGAUAAAACAGAUAUUUAUAUUUCCAUUAUCUCAGAAAAAGAUAAUAUCGCUGAAACUACUUUGUUACCUGAUUUCACUGGUGAAUCGUUAUCUUUGAACUCUAAAACAACUAUUGUUGAAGUUACCAAUACAAAGCCAAUUAAUAGUGAUUCCACUGUUGCAUCUGUAGUUACUGAAAGUAACAAAAUAAUAAGCAGUCAAUUGGAUACUACACAAGCCACAGAAGGUGAAACAGAUAUUCAUAGUUCAAUCAUCUCAGGAAAAAAAGAUAUUGCUGAAACUACUCUAUUGCCUGAUUUAACAAGUGAAUCUUCAAAUUUAAACCCUACCACUAAUAUUGUUGAUGUAACUAAGGCAGAGCCAAUUAUCAGUGAUUCUACUGAUGCCUCAUUAAAGCCUGAUAGUGACAGUUUAUCAGGUAGUCAAUUGCAUUCUACACAAGGUACAGAAGAUAAAACAGAUAUUUAUAUUUCAAGUAUCUCAGAAAAAGAUAAUAUUGCUGAAACAACUUUGUUGCCUGAUUUCACUGGUGAAUCUUUAUCUUUAAACCCUACAACAAAUAUUGUUGAAGGUACUGAUGCAGAGCCAAUUAUCAGUGAUUCCACUGUUGCAUCUGUAGUUUCUGAUAGUAACAAAAUAAUAAGCAUUCAAUUGGAUACUACACAAGCUACAGAAGGUGAAACAGAUAUUCAUAGUUCAAUCAUCUCAGGAAAAGAAGGUAUUGCUAAAACUACUCUAUUGCCUGAUUUAACUAGUGAAUCUUCAGUUUUAAACCCUACCACAAAUUUAGUUGAUGUAACUAAGACAGAGCCAAUUAUCAGUGAUUCUACUGAUGCCUCAUUAAAGCCUGGUAGUGACAGUUUAUCAGGCAGUCAGUUGCAUUCUACACAAGGUACAGAAGAUAAAACAGAUAUUUAUAUUUCCAUUAUCUCAGAAAAAGAUAAUAUCGCUGAAACUACUUUGUUACCUGAUUUCACUGGUGAAUCGUUAUCUUUGAACUCUAAAACAACUAUUGUUGAAGUUACCAAUACAAAGCCAAUUAUCAGUGAUUCCACUGUUGCAUCUGUAGUUACUGAAAGUAACAAAAUAAUAAGCAGUCAAUUGGAUACUACACAAGCCACAGAAGGUGAAACAGAUAUUCAUAGUUCAAUCAUCUCAGGAAAAAAAGAUAUUGCUGAAACUACUCUAUUGCCUGAUUUAACAAGUGAAUCUUCAAAUUUAAACCCUACCACUAAUAUUGUUGAUGUAACUAAGGCAGAGCCAAUUAUCAGUGAUUCUACUGAUGCCUCAUUAAAGCCUGAUAGUGACAGUUUAUCAGGCAGUCAAUUGCAUUCUACACAAGGUACAGAAGAUAAAACAGAUAUUUAUAUUUCAAGUAUCUCAGAAAAAGAUAAUAUUGCUGAAACAACUUUGUUGCCUGAUUUCACUGGUGAAUCUUUAUCUUUAAACCCUACAACAAAUAUUGUUGAAGGUACUGAUGCAGAGCCAAUUAUCAGUGAUUCCACUGUUGCAUCUGUAGUUUCUGAUAGUAACAAAAUAAUAAGCAUUCAAUUGGAUACUACACAAGCUACAGAAGGUGAAACAGAUAUUCAUAGUUCAAUCAUCUCAGAAAAAGAAGGUAUUGCUAAAACUACUCUAUUGCCUGAUUUAACUAGUGAAUCUUCAGUUUUAAACCCUACCACAAAUUUAGUUGAUGUAACUAAGACAGAGCCAAUUAUCAGUGAUUCUACUGAUGCCUCAUUAAAGCCUGGUAGUGACAGUUUAUCAGGCAGUCAAUUGCAUUCUACACAAGGUACAGAAGAUAAAACAGAUAUUUAUAUUUCCAUUAUCUCAGAAAAAGAUAAUAUCGCUGAAACUACUUUGUUACCUGAUUUCACUGGUGAAUCGUUAUCUUUGAACUCUAAAACAACUAUUGUUGAAGUUACCAAUACAAAGCCAAUUAUCAGUGAUUCCACUGUUGCAUCUGUAGUUACUGAAAGUAACAAAAUAAUAAGCAGUCAAUUGGAUACUACACAAGCCACAGAAGGUGAAACAGAUAUUCAUAGUUCAAUCAUCUCAGGAAAAAAAGAUAUUGCUGAAACUACUCUAUUGCCUGAUUUAACAAGUGAAUCUUCAAAUUUAAACCCUACCACUAAUAUUGUUGAUGUAACUAAGGCAGAGCCAAUUAUCAGUGAUUCUACUGAUGCCUCAUUAAAGCCUGAUAGUGACAGUUUAUCAGGCAGUCAAUUGCAUACUACACAAGGUACAGAAGAUAAAACAGAUAUUUAUAUUUCAAGUAUCUCAGAAAAAGAUAAUAUUGCUGAAACAACUUUGUUGCCUGAUUUCACUGGUGAAUCUUUAUCUUUAAACCCUACAACAAAUAUUGUUGAAGGUACUGAUGCAGAGCCAAUUAUCAGUGAUUCCACUGUUGCAUCUGUAGUUUCUGAUAGUAACAAAAUAAUAAGCAGUCAAUUGGAUACUACACAAGCUACAGAAGGUGAAACAGAUAUUCAUAGUUCAAUCAUCUCAGAAAAAGAAGGUAUUGCUAAAACUACUCUAUUGCCUGAUUUAACUAGUGAAUCUUCAGUUUUAAACCCUACCACAAAUUUAGUUGAUGUAACUAAGACAGAGCCAAUUAUCAGUGAUUCUACUGAUGCCUCAUUAAAGCCUGGUAGUGACAGUUUAUCAGGCAGUCAGUUGCAUUCUACACAAGGUACAGAAGAUAAAACAGAUAUUUAUAUUUCCAUUAUCUCAGAAAAAGAUAAUAUCGCUGAAACUACUUUGUUACCUGAUUUCACUGGUGAAUCGUUAUCUUUGAACUCUAAAACAACUAUUGUUGAAGUUACCAAUACAAAGCCAAUUAUCAGUGAUUCCACUGUUGCAUCUGUAGUUUCUGAUAGUAACAAAAUAAUAAGCAUUCAAUUGGAUACUACACAAGCUACAGAAGGUGAAACAGAUAUUCAUAGUUCAAUCAUCUCAGAAAAAGAAGGUAUUGCUAAAACUACUCUAUUGCCUAAUUUAACUAGUGAAUCUUCAGUUUUAAACCCUACCACAAAUUUAGUUGAUGUAACUAAGACAGAGUUAAUUAUCAGUGAUUCUACUGAUGCCUCAUUAAAGCCUGGUAGUGACAGUUUAUCAGGCAGUCAGUUGCAUUCUACACAAGGUACAGAAGAUAAAACAGAUAUUCAUAUUUCCAUUAUCUCAGAAAAAGAUAAUAUCGCUGAAACUACUUUGUUACCUGAUUUCACUGGUGAAUCGUUAUCUUUGAACUCUAAAACAACUAUUGUUGAAGUUACCAAUACAAAGCCAAUUAUCAGUGAUUCCACUGUUGCAUCUGUAGUUACUGAAAGUAACAAAAUAAUAAGCAGUCAAUUGGAUACUACACAAGCCACAGAAGGUGAAACAGAUAUUCAUAGUUCAAUCAUCUCAGGAAAAAAAGAUAUUGCUGAAACUACUCUAUUGCCUGAUUUAACAAGUGAAUCUUCAAAUUUAAACCCUACCACUAAUAUUGUUGAUGUAACUAAGGCAGAGCCAAUUAUCAGUGAUUCUACUGAUGCCUCAUUAAAGCCUGAUAGUGACAGUUUAUCAGGCAGUCAAUUGCAUACUACACAAGGUACAGAAGAUAAAACAGAUAUUUAUAUUUCAAGUAUCUCAGAAAAAGAUAAUAUUGCUGAAACAACUUUGUUGCCUGAUUUCACUGGUGAAUCUUUAUCUUUAAACCCUACAACAAAUAUUGUUGAAGGUACUGAUGCAGAGCCAAUUAUCAGUGAUUCCACUGUUGCAUCUGUAGUUUCUGAUAGUAACAAAAUAAUAAGCAGUCAAUUGGAUACUACACAAGCUACAGAAGGUGAAACAAAUAUUCAUAGUUCAAUCAUCUCAGAAAAAGAAAGUAUUGCUAAAACUACUUUAUUGCCUGAUUUAACUAGUGAAUCUUCAGUUUUAAACCCUACCACAAAUUUAGUUGAUGUAACUAAGACAGAGCCAAUUAUCAGUGAUUCUACUGAUGCCUCAUUAAAGCCUGGUAGUGACAGUUUAUCAGGCAGUCAGUUGCAUUCUACACAAGGUACAGAAGAUAAAACAGAUAUUCAUAUUUCCAUUAUCUCAGAAAAAGAUAAUAUCGCUGAAACUACUUUGUUACCUGAUUUCACUGGUAAAUCGUUAUCUUUGAACUCUAAAACAACUAUUGUUGAAGUUACCAAUACAAAGCCAAUUAUCAGUGAUUCCACUGUUGCAUCUGUAGUUACUGAAAGUAACAAAAUAAUAAGCAGUCAAUUGGAUACUACACAAGCCACAGAAGGUGAAACAGAUAUUCAUAGUUCAAUCAUCUCAGGAAAAAAAGAUAUUGCUGAAACUACUCUAUUGCCUGAUUUAACAAGUGAAUCUUCAAAUUUAAACCCUACCACUAAUAUUGUUGAUGUAACUAAGGCAGAGCCAAUUAUCAGUGAUUCUACUGAUGCCUCAUUAAAGCCUGAUAGUGACAGUUUAUCAGGCAGUCAAUUGCAUACUACACAAGGUACAGAAGAUAAAACAGAUAUUUAUAUUUCAAGUAUCUCAGAAAAAGAUAAUAUUGCUGAAACAACUUUGUUGCCUGAUUUCACUGGUGAAUCUUUAUCUUUAAACCCUACAACAAAUAUUGUUGAAGGUACUGAUGCAGAGCCAAUUAUCAGUGAUUCCACUGUUGCAUCUGUAGUUUCUGAUAGUAACAAAAUAAUAAGCAGUCAAUUGGAUACUACACAAGCUACAGAAGGUGAAACAAAUAUUCAUAGUUCAAUCAUCUCAGAAAAAGAAAGUAUUGCUAAAACUACUUUAUUGCCUGAUUUAACUAGUGAAUCUUCAGUUUUAAACCCUACCACAAAUUUAGUUGAUGUAACUAAGACAGAGCCAAUUAUCAGUGAUUCUACUGAUGCCUCAUUAAAGCCUGGUAGUGACAGUUUAUCAGGCAGUCAGUUGCAUUCUACACAAGGUACAGAAGAUAAAACAGAUAUUUAUAUUUCCAUUAUCUCAGAAAAAGAUAAUAUCGCUGAAACUACUUUGUUACCUGAUUUCACUGGUGAAUCGUUAUCUUUGAACUCUAAAACAACUAUUGUUGAAGUUACCAAUACAAAGCCAAUUAAUAGUGAUUCCACUGUUGCAUCUGUAGUUACUGAAAGUAACAAAAUAAUAAGCAGUCAAUUGGAUACUACACAAGCCACAGAAGGUGAAACAGAUAUUCAUAGUUCAAUCAUCUCAGGAAAAAAAGAUAUUGCUGAAACUACUCUAUUGCCUGAUUUAACAAGUGAAUCUUCAAAUUUAAACCCUACCACUAAUAUUGUUGAUGUAACUAAGGCAGAGCCAAUUAUCAGUGAUUCUACUGAUGCCUCAUUAAAGCCUGAUAGUGACAGUUUAUCAGGUAGUCAAUUGCAUUCUACACAAGGUACAGAAGAUAAAACAGAUAUUUAUAUUUCAAGUAUCUCAGAAAAAGAUAAUAUUGCUGAAACAACUUUGUUGCCUGAUUUCACUGGUGAAUCUUUAUCUUUAAACCCUACAACAAAUAUUGUUGAAGGUACUGAUGCAGAGCCAAUUAUCAGUGAUUCCACUGUUGCAUCUGUAGUUUCUGAUAGUAACAAAAUAAUAAGCAUUCAAUUGGAUACUACACAAGCUACAGAAGGUGAAACAGAUAUUCAUAGUUCAAUCAUCUCAGGAAAAGAAGGUAUUGCUAAAACUACUCUAUUGCCUGAUUUAACUAGUGAAUUUUCAGUUUUAAACCCUACCACAAAUUUAGUUGAUGUAACUAAGACAGAGCCAAUUAUCAGUGAUUCUACUGAUGCCUCAUUAAAGCCUGGUAGUGACAGUUUAUCAGGCAGUCAGUUGCAUUCUACACAAGGUACAGAAGAUAAAACAGAUAUUUAUAUUUCCAUUAUCUCAGAAAAAGAUAAUAUCGCUGAAACUACUUUGUUACCUGAUUUCACUGGUGAAUCGUUAUCUUUGAACUCUAAAACAACUAUUGUUGAAGUUACCAAUACAAAGCCAAUUAUCAGUGAUUCCACUGUUGCAUCUGUAGUUACUGAAAGUAACAAAAUAAUAAGCAGUCAAUUGGAUACUACACAAGCCACAGAAGGUGAAACAGAUAUUCAUAGUUCAAUCAUCUCAGGAAAAAAAGAUAUUGCUGAAACUACUCUAUUGCCUGAUUUAACAAGUGAAUCUUCAAAUUUAAACCCUACCACUAAUAUUGUUGAUGUAACUAAGGCAGAGCCAAUUAUCAGUGAUUCUACUGAUGCCUCAUUAAAGCCUGAUAGUGACAGUUUAUCAGGCAGUCAAUUGCAUUCUACACAAGGUACAGAAGAUAAAACAGAUAUUUAUAUUUCAAGUAUCUCAGAAAAAGAUAAUAUUGCUGAAACAACUUUGUUGCCUGAUUUCACUGGUGAAUCUUUAUCUUUAAACCCUACAACAAAUAUUGUUAAAGGUACUGAUGCAGAGCCAAUUAUCAGUGAUUCCACUGUUGCAUCUGUAGUUUCUGAUAGUAACAAAAUAAUAAGCAUUCAAUUGGAUACUACACAAGCUACAGAAGGUGAAACAGAUAUUCAUAGUUCAAUCAUCUCAGAAAAAGAAGGUAUUGCUAAAACUACUCUAUUGCCUGAUUUAACUAGUGAAUCUUCAGUUUUAAACCCUACCACAAAUUUAGUUGAUGUAACUAAGACAGAGCCAAUUAUCAGUGAUUCUACUGAUGCCUCAUUAAAGCCUGGUAGUGACAGUUUAUCAGGCAGUCAAUUGCAUUCUACACAAGGUACAGAAGAUAAAACAGAUAUUUAUAUUUCCAUUAUCUCAGAAAAAGAUAAUAUCGCUAAAACUACUUUGUUACCUGAUUUCACUGGUGAAUGGUUAUCUUUGAACUCUAAAACAACUAUUGUUGAAGUUACCAAUACAAAGCCAAUUAUCAGUGAUUCCACUGUUGCAUCUGUAGUUACUGAAAGUAACAAAAUAAUAAGCAGUCAAUUGGAUACUACACAAGCCACAGAAGGUGAAACAGAUAUUCAUAGUUCAAUCAUCUCAGGAAAAAAAGAUAUUGCUGAAACUACUCUAUUGCCUGAUUUAACAAGUGAAUCUUCAAAUUUAAACCCUACCACUAAUAUUGUUGAUGUAACUAAGGCAGAGCCAAUUAUCAGUGAUUCUACUGAUGCCUCAUUAAAGCCUGAUAGUGACAGUUUAUCAGGCAGUCAAUUGCAUACUACACAAGGUACAGAAGAUAAAACAGAUAUUUAUAUUUCAAGUAUCUCAGAAAAAGAUAAUAUUGCUGAAACAACUUUGUUGCCUGAUUUCACUGGUGAAUCUUUAUCUUUAAACCCUACAACAAAUAUUGUUGAAGGUACUGAUGCAGAGCCAAUUAUCAGUGAUUCCACUGUUGCAUCUGUAGUUUCUGAUAGUAACAAAAUAAUAAGCAGUCAAUUGGAUACUACACAAGCUACAGAAGGUGAAACAGAUAUUCAUAGUUCAAUCAUCUCAGAAAAAGAAGGUAUUGCUAAAACUACUCUAUUGCCUGAUUUAACUAGUGAAUCUUCAGUUUUAAACCCUACCACAAAUUUAGUUGAUGUAACUAAGACAGAGCCAAUUAUCAGUGAUUCUACUGAUGCCUCAUUAAAGCCUGGUAGUGACAGUUUAUCAGGCAGUCAGUUGCAUUCUACACAAGGUACAGAAGAUAAAACAGAUAUUUAUAUUUCCAUUAUCUCAGAAAAAGAUAAUAUCGCUAAAACUACUUUGUUACCUGAUUUCACUGGUGAAUCGUUAUCUUUGAACUCUAAAACAACUAUUGUUGAAGUUACCAAUACAAAGCCAAUUAUCAGUGAUUCCACUGUUGCAUCUGUAGUUACUGAAAGUAACAAAAUAAUAAGCAGUCAAUUGGAUACUACACAAGCCACAGAAGGUGAAACAGAUAUUCAUAGUUCAAUCAUCUCAGGAAAAAAAGAUAUUGCUGAAACUACUCUAUUGCCUGAUUUAACAAGUGAAUCUUCAAAUUUAAACCCUACCACUAAUAUUGUUGAUGUAACUAAGGCAGAGCCAAUUAUCAGUGAUUCUACUGAUGCCUCAUUAAAGCCUGAUAGUGACAGUUUAUCAGGCAGUCAAUUGCAUUCUACACAAGGUACAGAAGAUAAAACAGAUAUUUAUAUUUCAAGUAUCUCAGAAAAAGAUAAUAUUGCUGAAACAACUUUGUUGCCUGAUUUCACUGGUGAAUCUUUAUCUUUAAACCCUACAACAAAUAUUGUUGAAGGUACUGAUGCAGAGCCAAUUAUCAGUGAUUCCACUGUUGCAUCUGUAGUUUCUGAUAGUAACAAAAUAAUAAGCAUUCAAUUGGAUACUACACAAGCUACAGAAGGUGAAACAGAUAUUCAUAGUUCAAUCAUCUCAGAAAAAGAAGGUAUUGCUAAAACUACUCUAUUGCCUGAUUUAACUAGUGAAUCUUCAGUUUUAAACCCUACCACAAAUUUAGUUGAUGUAACUAAGACAGAGCCAAUUAUCAGUGAUUCUACUGAUGCCUCAUUAAAGCCUGGUAGUGACAGUUUAUCAGGCAGUCAAUUGCAUUCUACACAAGGUACAGAAGAUAAAACAGAUAUUUAUAUUUCCAUUAUCUCAGAAAAAGAUAAUAUCGCUAAAACUACUUUGUUACCUGAUUUCACUGGUGAAUCGUUAUCUUUGAACUCUAAAACAACUAUUGUUGAAGUUACCAAUACAAAGCCAAUUAUCAGUGAUUCCACUGUUGCAUCUGUAGUUACUGAAAGUAACAAAAUAAUAAGCAGUCAAUUGGAUACUACACAAGCCACAGAAGGUGAAACAGAUAUUCAUAGUUCAAUCAUCUCAGGAAAAAAAGAUAUUGCUGAAACUACUCUAUUGCCUGAUUUAACAAGUGAAUCUUCAAAUUUAAACCCUACCACUAAUAUUGUUGAUGUAACUAAGGCAGAGCCAAUUAUCAGUGAUUCUACUGAUGCCUCAUUAAAGCCUGAUAGUGACAGUUUAUCAGGCAGUCAAUUGCAUACUACACAAGGUACAGAAGAUAAAACAGAUAUUUAUAUUUCAAGUAUCUCAGAAAAAGAUAAUAUUGCUGAAACAACUUUGUUGCCUGAUUUCACUGGUGAAUCUUUAUCUUUAAACCCUACAACAAAUAUUGUUGAAGGUACUGAUGCAGAGCCAAUUAUCAGUGAUUCCACUGUUGCAUCUGUAGUUUCUGAUAGUAACAAAAUAAUAAGCAGUCAAUUGGAUACUACACAAGCUACAGAAGGUGAAACAGAUAUUCAUAGUUCAAUCAUCUCAGAAAAAGAAGGUAUUGCUAAAACUACUCUAUUGCCUGAUUUAACUAGUGAAUCUUCAGUUUUAAACCCUACCACAAAUUUAGUUGAUGUAACUAAGACAGAGCCAAUUAUCAGUGAUUCUACUGAUGCCUCAUUAAAGCCUGGUAGUGACAGUUUAUCAGGCAGUCAGUUGCAUUCUACACAAGGUACAGAAGAUAAAACAGAUAUUUAUAUUUCCAUUAUCUCAGAAAAAGAUAAUAUCGCUGAAACUACUUUGUUACCUGAUUUCACUGGUGAAUCGUUAUCUUUGAACUCUAAAACAACUAUUGUUGAAGUUACCAAUACAAAGCCAAUUAUCAGUGAUUCCACUGUUGCAUCUGUAGUUACUGAAAGUAACAAAAUAAUAAGCAGUCAAUUGGAUACUACACAAGCCACAGAAGGUGAAACAGAUAUUCAUAGUUCAAUCAUCUCAGGAAAAAAAGAUAUUGCUGAAACUACUCUAUUGCCUGAUUUAACAAGUGAAUCUUCAAAUUUAAACCCUACCACUAAUAUUGUUGAUGUAACUAAGGCAGAGCCAAUUAUCAGUGAUUCUACUGAUGCCUCAUUAAAGCCUGAUAGUGACAGUUUAUCAGGCAGUCAAUUGCAUUCUACACAAGGUACAGAAGAUAAAACAGAUAUUUAUAUUUCAAGUAUCUCAGAAAAAGAUAAUAUUGCUGAAACAACUUUGUUGCCUGAUUUCACUGGUGAUUCUUUAUCUUUAAACCCUACAACAAAUAUUGUUGAAGGUACUGAUGCAGAGCCAAUUAUCAGUGAUUCCACUGUUGCAUCUGUAGUUUCUGAUAGUAACAAAAUAAUAAGCAUUCAAUUGGAUACUACACAAGCUACAGAAGGUGAAACAGAUAUUCAUAGUUCAAUCAUCUCAGAAAAAGAAGGUAUUGCUAAAACUACUCUAUUGCCUGAUUUUUCUAGUGAAUCUUCAACUUUAAACCCUACCACAAAUUUAGUUGAUGUAACUAAGACAGAGCCAAUUAUCAAUGAUUCUACUGAUGCCUCAUUAAAGCCUGGUAGUGACAGUUUAUCAGGCAGUCAAUUGCAUUCUACACAAGGUACAGAAGAUAAAACAGAUAUUUAUAUUUCCAUUAUCUCAGAAAAAGAUAAUAUUGCUGAAACUACUUUGUUGCCUGAUUUCACUGGUGAUUCUAUCUCUUUGAACCCUACAACAAUUAUUGUUGAAGGUACUGAUGCAGAGCCAAUUAUUAGUGAUUCCACUGUUGCAUCUGUAGUUUCUGAUAGUAACAAUAUAAUAAGCAGUCAAUUGGAUACUACACAAGCUACAGAAGGUGAAACAGAUAUUUAUAGUUCAAUCAUCUCACGAAAAAAAGAUAUUGCUGAAACUACUCUAUUGCCUGAUUUAACUAGUGGAUCUUCAACUUUAAACCCUACCACUAAUAUUGUUGAUGUAACUAAGGCAGAGCCACAAGUCAGUGAUUCCUCUGAUACGUCUGUAGUAUAUGGUACUGACAGUUUUUCUGGCAGUCAAUUUCAUACUACCCAUGGUACAGUAGAUAAAACAGAUGGUCUUAAUAUAAAUAUGUCAGAAAAAGAAGAUAUUGCUGUAACUUCCUUGUUGCCUGAUUUUACUGGAGAAUCUUCAACUUUGAAGCUAACUACUAGUUUUCUUGAUACUACUAAUGCAGAGCCAAUUAUCAGUUUUUCUACUGAUGCUGCUUUAGAGUCUGAUAGUAACAGUUUUUCAGGCAGUCAAAAGCAUACUACACAAGGUACUACAGAUAUUAAAACAGAUAUUCUUAGCUCAAUCAUCUUAGGAAAUGAAGAUAUUGUUGAAACUUCUCUGUUGCCUGUUUUUUCUGGGUUGUCUUCAUCUUCUAAUCCUACGUCUAAUAUUGUUGAUAUGACUAAUGCUGACAUUAUUUCUUCUGCUUCACCUGGUCUCUCAUUAGCUUCUGUUCAAAUUAGUCAGCUAAGCACUCAACCUCUUUCCACUCAAGAUUUAUGGUCAUCGGUAGUCAAUAUUAAAACUCCUGAAGUUUCUUUACGUACCUGUAAUGUGACUAUUAAAUGCAACUCCCAUAGUAUGCAUGUUAGCAUUAGAGAUAUUGAACUUGAUUCUGCCUCUCUUAGUUCCCUCUCAUUAAAUUCAACUGAUCCUAAAUGUCAUCCUUUUUUUAAUGGAUCUCAUUAUGUUUUUGUUGUACCACUAUUCGAUUGUGGAACAAUUCGAAGAUAUAUAAACUUUGCUGUUGUUUAUUCAAAUGUUAUUACAGACAGUAUCAUAAGUGGAAAUUUAAUUUCACGAUCGAAAAAAAAUAUUCCAUUUUCUUGUGUAUAUCCUACUGAAUCAAGAGUUUCACCAGUUAGUUUUCAAGUAAAUGAUAUUGCAUCACAGCUUAUUGGUGAGCAGCUCGGAUUUGGAAAAUUUGAGAUAAAUAUUAAUAUUUACCAUGAUUCCUCCUUCUCCCAUCUUCUUCAAACAAACGAUUACCCAAUGGAGAUUGAUGACAGACUUUACUUUGAAGUAAAACUAGAGUCAAAUGACAAUCUACUCAUAUUAUCUGUAGAAAAUUGUUUUAUUACUCCAUCCUCUGAUAAAAAUGAUUCAAGAAAACAUUUUUUAUUAAAAGAUGGGUGUAAAGAGGAUGAAACAUUGGUUAAACAUUCAUCACCUCCAGGGUCUCAGAGAAUGAGCUAUGAAUCUUUUUCUUUUGUUGGUGUUGAAAGUUCUUUAACAUAUCUCCACUGCGAUGUAUUUGUAUGUGACUCACGUGUUUCAGAUACUCAUUGUUCAAAAGAUAAAUGCAUUCGCGGGCGAAAACGUAGACAUUUAAACAAUAUAAAUAACUUGGAAUCUUUUAAUACUUUCCAAGUUAAAAGUGGUCCAAUAUUUGUUGAUAAUAGACAUUCUGUUUAUAAGGCUGAAUUGAAUGAAUCAAUAAAGGAAAGUAAAGCUCUAAGAUCUUAUUAUAAUAUGCAGAAACAUUCUUCCAAUCUCAUAGUUUUAAUCAGCUUGGUGGUUGCCGUUUGUGUAUUGACACUUCCGUUCGUUAUUUUAAAUCGCCGUUUUAACAAUAAAUAUGACGCUGGUUUAUUACCAUAAAAUGUACUUUUUUGAUAAAAAUUUCUAUUAAAAAAGAGAAACGAUUAAUGAUGAAAAAGAAAAAGAAUAACGGAAUAAUAAAAAUUGAAAAAUAUCUCAUGACAUUACUGACGACGCUUAUCAUAGCAUCAUUAUCAUAAAGGUUUAUCAUUACAUCAUUAUAGAACUAGUUUACGAAUAAUAAGCUGAUUGAACAGUAGAAAUAAUUUAUUGCUACCGAUCAUAAAGUAAAAAAUAUUACAUAAUUUAUAGAUGAAAAUUGUAUAAAAAUUUUAGAUUUGUUACCAAAACGGUUUAUAUGAGUUUGUAAUUUUUCUAAAGUGACAUAAAAUUAUAAAUAGUUGUUCCAAUGGAUUCAAAGAUAACGUUAAAUUAAGAGGAGGAAGAUACUCUAGGAAUAAAAUAGAAGGAAUUGAUACUUUAAGUUAAGUUGCUAAGGGAUGUUGGAUACUUUAAGAAGAAGAAAAGAGUUUGAUAAUUUAGAUCUUUUAUAUAAAAAUAUUUUAUAUUGAUUUUUUGUAUGCGUGUUCUUAUAUGUUGAUAAACUUAUAUACUAAAUUAAAAUGAUAAAAUAAACUAAA